AUGGAGGUAUCCCGGAGCUUGUCAGUGGCCACCAAGAGCCUGUGUCGCUCGACGACAUCCUCAUUUCUUGCCUCCUUUACGUCCCCAUCACGAACGACAACACGAUCCUUCUCGUCCAUACCGGUACUAUUUGCGCCUAGGGGCGGUUCAGGCAAAGACAAGUCAACAAAAGAGAAGAUGAAGAGAAGGAAGAAGAAGCACCAGUUCUAUAAGCAGUACGACUUGAAAGAGAUGCAACAAUUCACCCUGUGCGAAGCGAUGCGCUACAUCAAAGCUAUGGAAGUCACGCGCGAUCCUGAGGUUCCGAAAUACGACAUUCAAAUUAAAUUACGAACGAAGAAAGACGGUCCCAUCAUCCGUAAUCAAAUCCGAUUACCUUACGCGGUCAAGACAGAUAUCAAGGUCGCAGUAAUAUGUCCGCCGGACUCUGCGGCGGCAAAACAAGCACGAGAAGCAGGCGCAUACCUCGUGGGCGAAGAGGAGAUUUUUCAGAGAAUCAAAGACGGGAAGAUUGAUUUCGAUAGAUGUCUUGCUGUACCUGCAUCACUACCGAAACUGGCGAAAGAAGGUCUUCCUCGGAUUUUGGGCCCACGAGGACUGAUGCCUAGCGUGAAGCUAGGGACGGUCGUUGAAAAGCCAGGUCCUGCUGUAGGGAACAUGUUGGGUGGUAGUAUGUACCGAGAACGUUCAGGUGUUGUUCGCAUGGCCGUUGGCAGACUCACUUUCACCCCUGAACAACUGAGGGAUAAUGUGAAAGCAUACAUCAGUGCGGUCAAGAAGGAUGCCACAGCAUUGAGCGACCAGAUCCUCAAGGAUAUAGCCGAAGUGGUCUUGAGCUCGACAAACACCCCGGGUUUCUCAUUGAAUGGCGAGUUUUACAGAGACACCCCAGGAGCCCCAACGCCGCAACAGUUGGCUGUUGUAUGA